AAUCUGGUGGCCUGCUGUCCUGGCGGCGCCAACUGAAGCGCCGCGCCCGUGCCGACAUGCUGCGCCGCGCUCUGCUCUGCCUGGCUCUGACCAAGCUAUUCCGCGAGGAUGCCGGCGCCCCCGAUGAGGAGGACCACGUUCUGGUGCUCCAUAAGGGCAACUUCGACGAGGCACUGGCGGCCCACAAGUACCUGCUGGUGGAGUUCUACGCCCCAUGGUGUGGCCACUGCAAGGCUCUGGCCCCAGAGUAUGCCAAAGCAGCUGGGAAGCUGAAGGCAGAAGGUUCCAAGAUCAGACUGGCCAAGGUGGAUGCCACUGAAGAGUCUGACCUGGCCCAACAGUAUGGUGUCCGAGGCUACCCUACCAUCAAGUUCUUCAAGAAUGGAGACACAGCUUCCCCCAAAGAGUACACAGCCGGCCGAGAAGCCGAUGAUAUCGUGAACUGGCUGAAGAAGCGCACUGGCCCCGCCGCCAGCACGCUGUCCGACGGGGCUGCUGCAGAGGCCUUGGUGGAGUCCAGUGAGGUGGCUGUCAUCGGCUUCUUCAAGGACGUGGAGUCGGACUCUGCAAAGCAGUUCUUGCUGGCAGCAGAGGCCAUUGAUGACAUCCCCUUCGGGAUCACAUCUAACAGUGACGUGUUCUCCAAAUACCAGCUGGACAAGGAUGGGGUUGUCCUCUUUAAGAAGUUUGAUGAAGGCCGGAACAACUUUGAGGGGGAAGUCACCAAGGAGAAGCUUCUGGACUUCAUCAAGCACAACCAAUUGCCCCUGGUCAUCGAGUUCACCGAGCAGACAGCCCCGAAGAUCUUCGGAGGGGAAAUCAAGACUCACAUCCUGCUGUUCCUGCCGAAAAGCGUGUCUGACUAUGAGGGCAAGCUGAGCAACUUCAAAAAAGCGGCUGAGAGCUUCAAGGGCAAGAUCCUGUUUAUCUUCAUCGACAGCGACCACACUGACAACCAGCGCAUCCUGGAAUUCUUCGGCCUGAAGAAAGAGGAGUGCCCGGCCGUGCGCCUCAUCAUGCUGGAGGAGGAGAUGACCAAAUACAAGCCAGAGUCAGAUGAGCUGACAGCAGAGAAGAUCACUGAGUUCUGCCACCGCUUCCUGGAGGGCAAGAUUAAGCCCCACCUGAUGAGCCAGGAGCUGCCUGACGACUGGGACAAGCAGCCUGUCAAAGUGCUGGUCGGAAAGAACUUUGAAGAGGUCGCUUUUGAUGAGAAGAAGAAUGUCUUUGUAGAGUUCUAUGCCCCGUGGUGCGGUCACUGCAAGCAGCUGGCCCCCAUCUGGGAUAAGCUGGGAGAGACCUGCAAGGACCACGAGAACAUAGUCAUUGCCAAGAUGGACUCCACGGCCAACGAGGUGGAGGCAGUGAAAGUGCACAGCUUCCCCACGCUCAAGUUCUUCCCCGCCAGCGCUGACAGGACGGUCAUUGACUACAAUGGGGAGCAGACACUGGACGGUUUUAAGAAGUUCCUGGAGAGCAGUGGCCAGGAUGGGGCCGGAGAUGACGACAAUCUAGAAGAUCUUGAAGAAGCAGAAGAUCCUGAUCUGGAGGAAGAUGAUGAUCAAAAAGCUGUGAAAGAUGAACUGUAACGCAGAGAGCCAGACCUGGGCACCAAACCCGGCACCUCCCAGUGGGCUGCACACCCAGCAGCACAGCUUCCGGAUGCCCGCAGACCCUCCCGGCGAGGGAGCGUCAAUCAGAAAUGCAGGGAACUUUUCUGAAGCCACACUUCACUCUAACACACGUGCAAAUCUAAACCCGUCUUCCUUUGCUUUUCAACUUUUGGAAAGGGGUUUAUUUCCAGGCCAGCCCAGCCCAGCCCAUCUUGGUGGGCCUUUUUUUUUUUAAAUCAUGAUAUACUUUUUUUGUACA